AUGAUCGCCAACGCAGAGGCCCGCAACCUGCCUUACUUGCAAGCCGUCAUCAAGGAGGGGCUCCGCAUAUUCCCGCCCGUAGCAGGGAUCAUGGCGAAAGAGGCACCGGCGGCCGGGGACACGUGGAAGGGGCAGUUCAUCCCUGGCGGGACCCGUAUCGGCUGGUCCGUUUGGUCCAUGUUCCGCCGGGAGGACGUCUGGGGCAACGACGCGCAGGAGUUUCGACCGGAGCGCUGGCUGGCCGAGGAGCAGGGCGGUACGACGCCGACAGAGAAGCUGCGUGAGAUGGAGUCGACAAUCGACUUGGCGUUCAGCUAUGGGAAGUACCAGUGUCUCGGGCGGCCCGUGGCGCUGAUUGAGCUGAACAAGGUCUUCUUCGAGCUACUUCGACGAUACGACUUGACCGUCUGCGAUCCCCUGAACCCCUGGGAGUCUUUCAAUUGCGGUAUCCACGCUCAAUCAAACUACUGGAUCAGGGCCCACCAUAAGGAGUAG